UCUCCACCUCGUGACUCCACCUCGUGACACGUCACAUGGAACCAAAUAGUUUUUAAACUUUGCAAUUACCACAUUGUUCAUUCCCCCUGACAGACUCCAUCCCAGUGGAGUCUGUUGUGUUCAGGCUCAACUCACUGAGCGACACGUCAAGACGCGUUUGAGGACCUCUGGAUAAACCUGGACUGUCUGGCCGUGCGUCUUCACUCCUCGAGGCGCAGACAUGUGGCUCCGGCUGCCGCUGCUCGUCGCCUGCUGGGCGGUGACCGGACUCGGGGCUCUGGAGCCGGACCGGGACGCCCCCCGCGGGGCUAGAGACCCGGAGGGCCGGCGGGGGGCGGAGCAGCAGUCCCCGGGGAGGGACGCUCCUGCUGCCGCCGCCGAGCCUCUGGACGAGGAGCUGGACAACCAGGAGAACAUCAUCAGCCAGCUGCUGGGCGACUACGACAAAGUGAAGACCGUGUCUUCGGGCUCCGACUGCUUGUGCCGCUGCAUCGUCCGGCCAAUGAGACGCUCCGACUGCAGCCGCGUCCACGACGCCGACCCGGCGGCGUCCGGCCCGCCGUCCUGGGAUUCCUACACCGUGGAGACGGUAACCAAGGGGACGGACUGCAAGACGUGUGUGUGCAUGGCGCCGGCGUCCGCCGUCAACCCCUGUGAGGGAGAGUACCGCUUCAAGAAGCUGCAGGAGGCCGGCAGAGACGACGUCAAGCUGGCGACUAUCAUCGACCUGUUGGAGGGCUCUCUGUACGGAAUGGACUUGUUAAAGCUCCACUCAGUCACCACAAAGCUGCUCACCAGGGUGGACAACAUGGAGAAGUCUGCCCGUAAUUUGACUGCGAGAGCAAGAGAGAAAGAACGCGCAAAGGAAAGAGCAAAAGAAAAGGAGAAGGAGAGGAAGGCCCAGCAGAAGAAAAAGAAAGCGAAUGAUUUGGAGCGCUCGGGGCCAAAAAGUGGAGCCGUUGCCCACGGCAACAAGCAGGAACUAGACGGGAAUGAAUGUCGUGUUCCGUUGCAGAAGAGCUCCGACGGUCCGCUGAAGAACGACCAACAGCGAGAUGGACUGAAGCCGCAGCCAACCAGGAACAAGACGGGGACUCAAAAGCCAAUCAGAGACAAGCCCGAGCCAAAGCAGCCUAUCACAGACAAGAGCGGCAUGGCCAUCAGGGGCGUGACCUUCUACAAGGCGGAGGGAGAGGGCUACGAAGAGGAGGACAAGAAAGGAAAAGGGAAGAGUAGAACUGGAACAACAAAUGUUUCAGUGGACUUACUAAUUCCUGAGUCACUCCCCCCUACCAGGACUUCCCCCACCAGGAGUCCAGGACCUUCAACCAACGUGAGCACACAGCUAGACUUAGAGGAACUACCGAGGAGACUGAGCAGACCUGCACCCACCCAGCAACCAACUGCUCCCCUGACCACCACCCAACGAACCACAACUACAACCAAACCAGUUCCCACCACCAUCAAACUAAAGAACACAUCAACCACCAACUUACCACCGACAACUUCAGAACCAACGACUGCCAAACUGGCAACCACCACCCAACGAAUCACAACUACAACCAAACCACCUCCCACCACCAUCAAACUAACGACUGAAUCAACCACCAACUUACCACCGACAACAUCAAAGCCAACAACAACCACCACCCAACGAACCCCAACUACAACCAAACCAGUUGCCACCACCAUCAAACUAACAACUGAAUUAACCACUAAUUUACCACCGACAACUUCAAAACCAACGACGACCAAACUGGCAACCACCACCCAACGAACCACAACGACAACCAACCCACCUCCCACCACCCAACGAACCACAACGACAACCAACCCACCUCCCACCACCAUCAAACUAACGACUGAAUCCACCACGAACAUCCCACAGACGGCUCCAAAACGAAUGGCAACCAAACCGAUAACUACUUCCCACGAAACUUCUCCUACUGUUCGGGCUACCACCCCGCAUGUCAAUCAGCAUACCACCUCACUCUCAGAUACCAGUACCGCUCCACCCAUUGAUAAGUCCUCCAUAGCAGACUCGGGACCCAAAAGUCGACUCAGCUGGACGGAGAGCCCCGCUGACCAACCAAAGACCACGAGAAAGCCUGCAGUGUGUAAGGACACAGUAGCCAGCAUCUCUGAACCAGUUCAGAGGAACUCUUACGGCCUGAGUGACGGAGCCUGGAUGAGAGAUGGGCGCGGCCAUGGCAACGUCAUCUACCUGACUAAUGGAUACUAUGGAAACACUCUCUUAGAGUUCCGAGACAUGGACACCUUCAAAUCAGGUCAGGCAAGUAAUUCAUACAAGCUGCCCUACAGCUUCACUGGGACCGGCCACGUCGUGUUCAAUGGAGCUUUCUACUACAACCGGGCCUUCAGCAGGGACGUCAUCCGAUAUGACCUGAGACACAGAUACGUGGCGGCCUGGACCACGCUGCAUGACGCCAUCCUGGAGGAGCAGGCUCACCGGACACAGACGGAAUUGGAGUUUGCGGUGGACGAGUCCGGCCUGUGGCUGCUCUACCCGGCUCUGGACACGGAGGGCUUCCACCAGGAAGUGACCCUCCUCAUCCACCUGCGCCACCGAGACCUGCAGCCCAUCCAGAGCUUCCGGACGGGACUCCGGCGCGGCCGCUUCGGGAACAGCUUCCUGGUGUGCGGCGUGCUCUACGCCGUGAACAGCAUGGAGCGGCGCGACGCCAACGUCACCUACGCCUUCGACACGCACACGCUCACGCACACCGUGCCCAGCCUGGCGUUCACCAACGCGCACGCCCACACCGCCCAGCUGGCCUACUGCCCGCUCGACAAGAAGCUGUACGCGUGGGACAACGGGCGUCAGAUGACGUACGACGUCAUCUUCGCUUACUGAGAGGAGACGUCCGCGGAUACCGGGCAUCUCCCAGGAAGUGAGAGAACGACUGUGGAUCAGUCUGAAUGUGUUUGUAUGUUGACCUGCUGCUUUUUUUAUACACACCAAAGUCACGCUUAACGGAAAAUAUGUUGAUAUUUGGAAAAAGACGAAACCCCAGGAGUCAUAUGAAUGUUUGUAAAAAUAAAUGUAUUCACAUAUUUAUCUAUUUUCGCAAAUGGAUAGUUUGCUCUGGUAAAAAAAACGAUGCAUUCCUGAUGCUUUGCAUAAUUAGACUGCCGAUGAGAAAUGACUAUUCAAUUCAAUUCAGUUUAUUUGUAGAGCCCAUUUUCACAAAUUACAAAUGUGUCUCAGAGUGCUUUACAAUCUGUACACAUAGACAUCCCUGACCUUUGACCUUUGACCUCACAUUGGAUCAGGAACAACUCCCAAAUAACCCUUCAGGGGUAAAAAUGGGAAGAACCCUUGAGGAGAGAACAGAGGAGGAUCCCUCUCCAGGAUGGACAGAACAAUAGAUGUCAUGUGACCAGAAGGAAUCAUUACACACAAAUUAAAACACAGUAACAACACAAUGAAUACCACAGAGUGGAUGAAGAGUUGGUAGUCGGCAUAUUCCACGAUGAUCUCCACGAUCCAUCAGGCAGAUGGAGGUAGAGAGGAGGAGUGGGCGGAGUCUCAGCAGGGCCAUGGCGUAGUUGGUAGUAGGCAUAUUCCACUAUCCAGACCUGAUGAGUAUGACGAGUUCCCAGCUGCCCACCUCUCCAUGUGAACACCGACUCUUCUGAAGACGUUUAAUAAUCCCAUUCUGAAAGAUUCAACAGCACCAGCUCACAGCACACCGGCUCACACGUUUAUUUGUCAUGAAGGGCGAUCGCUGUAGAGUGGAGGUACGUGUGUGUGUACACAGUGGUUCUUCCGUCAGUCUGCCCCAGGGCAGCUGUGGCUACUGAUGUAGCUUACCACCACCGGGAUGACUGUGUGUGUGACUACUGGACUCUGUAAAGCGACUUCGGGAUGUCGGCAUGCCUUGAGAAGCGCUAUAUAAAAUAAAUGAUUAUUAUUAUUAUUAUUCUUAACCUUAUUGGAGGAACUGAACCCUGCAAGCUUCAUCAAUGCCGAACCCUUCGUAAUUGGAAAAAUAAAAUAUGAUUUCUUCAAAACACAGGUAUAUAUUUUAUUAGUGCACAAAAUCACUGUGUUCAAAUAACAAAAGCAACAAAAAAGCGAAUUUCACACAAAAACAUAACUUAAUGAAUAUUUAGUGAAAAUCAAUGUGACUGUUGCUGUAAAUUUUCGCAACGAAGUCUGUUCCUUUUCUUACUUUUCAUGUCUACCGUCAUUGAAAAGGAUUGGAAAGAAGAAGAAUGUUGUGUUGCCAACAUUUCUGCAGCCAAUUUAUUUGACCACCGACAAAAAGGCCGACAUUGAUCGCGUGGAAGCCGGUAAUGCUCCAUCGACCAUUGACGUUCAUUCACGACCAUUUUCAAACAUUGCUCCUUUCAGGAAAUCUCAAGACAAGGUUGAUUUAAACUGCUUUAACACACGUUUGCCUCUUUGUUUUGUUAAUUUAUAAUAAACUAUUUCACAAAAAGAUGAA